GACAAUGAUUUCGACCAGAGGUCAUCUGAGUCUGAGUGAAUCUGACAAGAAUGAGUGCAUCUUUUGCAUAUAAAUGGCCAUCGUGAAAAAAACGUGAUCGCGAUCACAACAACGACACGAGUACGUUUCUAAGUUCGUUUUUUCAUUCGUAUAUACUUCGGCCAUCGGGUGUGCAUGAAAAAUUAUAUGGCGAUGCUGUCGAUGGACGGCAACGACAACAUCCCUCCCAACGAGGAAAGCAACAGGAUCAAAUCUGAGGACUGUGUAGGAGUACCUAAUAUUCUUGGAUUAAGCAGACCUAAAGAAUGGACAUACACGAUGAGAAGGCACAUGCAGGAGGUGGUACCUGGGGUAUUUCUUGGCCCAUAUAGUGCUGCUAGCCGUUCCAAUUUACAAUCUUUGCUAGAUCAUGGAAUAACACAUAUAAUUUGCGUCAGACAAGCUAUUGAGGCAAAUUUUGUAAAGCCUAACUUUCCCCAUAAAUUCAAAUAUCUAGUCUUGGAUAUUGCCGACACGAUGACGGAAAAUAUUAUUCAGCACUUCAAGAAGGUAAAAGUAUUCAUUGACGAAAGUUUGAAUUUAAACGGACGGGUUUUGGUUCACGGAAAUGCUGGCAUAUCGAGAUCUGCCGCGUUGAUUUUAGCGUAUAUUAUGGAAACAUACGAACUUUCACAAGUGCAAGCAUACAUGCUAGUGCAGCAGCGAAGGUUCUGUAUAAACCCAAAUGAGGGCUUUAUAAUGCAACUAAGAGAGUAUGAGCCCAUCUAUAAGGCUGAGAAAAUGUUGAAACAUAGUCAACAAAGCUUGGAAGGUCAAUGUAGCAAACGAACGAUCCAUCAAAUUGACCUGGAUAAUCAACCAGAUAGGAUUGAGGAUGUGACUAACAGUUGAUAAUAAUUUAGAGCAGAGAGAUCAUUUAAAAAAAAAGAAAUGGGAGAACAAAGUUACCAAGAUUUGUAUUGAAUCAAACUGACAAAAUUUAAUUUUUAUUUUAGCUGCACUUUAUGCAUACGAUUUUCCUUCCCUAUUCUUUUAAAUACAGCAAGUGUAUAAUGUAGCUAAAAAAAAGAGUAAAACUCGAAGCUAAACCUGAACACCAAUAUUUUCAGUAUUUUAAUUGUGAUAACUAACAUCUAACUCGAUGACUCGCUAAUCAUCGAGUUGAUUAGACUAAUCAGCAAAUUAUUAUUUUUACCUUCAAUAUUCUGUUUUAUUUAGUUAUUUAAAGGCUCCUGUGGUCCCUCAUUGUGGUUAUGUUGUAUUAUGACAUAUUAAAAACAAGAAUUUAAUGUGAAUCUUUUUCUUGUGUGAAACAAAUUUUUUAAAAACUGGUUUUUCUGAUAUCAUAAUUUAAUAUGGCUGUAGUGAGAAGACAAAAGCUUCAAGAAAAUUCUAGAAUGAAUUAUCAUAGUUUAAUUAUAAAUUUUAGAUCUAAUAUAGAAAAUAUUUUUAAUAAAAACCUCAUAAACAAAAAUAUCUAAUAAAACAGAUAUCCAAAGGUUAAUAUGUCAGAGUAAUUAAUUGCUCUAUUUUUAUUUAUAAUUAUCUUCAAUUGUUUAUAACUGUUGUUAAAACAUUGACAUUUGUAAAAUAUAUACAUGUAUUAAAAUAUAUAUUAUAGAU